AUGAACAACGACCAAUUCCGCCGCCUCGUCCUCGACAACCCUUCCUCCAAACCCGCCAAAUCCACCAGCCCAGAUGCAUCUUCUCCAUCCCAACAGCAACCACGCAAAAGCAUUGGCAAUGCGACACCCGCAGCCGGCGCACUGGGCUCGCGCCUUCGCUCCAGCAUCCCCAUGACACCCCGCUCCAUAACAAAUGUCGACUUUGCGCGCCAACUAGCCGAAUACCGCCGCGAAGCCCAACCCGCUUCCAAGAAAUUCAAAUCCUCCGCCGCCCCCAAGGGAACGAGAUUACCGUCCGGUUAUCAAGAUCGGGCUGCGCUGUUGCGUCAGAAGGAAGCAGCAGAGGAAGGCGAUAGUGCUGAUGAUGGAUCGAAUCUGGAGAAGCGCGUCAAGGCGUUGGAGGAGAUGGUCAAACUAGGACAGAUUGACCAGGCGACGUUUGAGAAGCUACGUGCCGAGAUGGGGGUGGGUGGGGACCUGAAAAGUACGCAUAUGGUGAAAGGCUUGGAUUGGGAGUUGCUGAGGAGGGUUAAGGGGGGUGAGGAUGUCGAUGUCUUGGAGAAGGAAGGGGAGAAGGGUGAGGGAAAGGAGGAAGAAGAUGUAGCAGAUGUGGAUGAGGAGCUGGAUCGGGUGUUGGGAGAAAAGGGUGAGGGGGUGAAUGCAUUGUCUGCUGCCCCGAAUGAAAAUAAGGAGAAAAAGAAGAAGGGGGUGAUGGUGCAGAGAAAGUCGAGAGAUGAGAUCCUCAGGGAGUUGAAGGCCAGUCGUGCUGCUGCUGCGGCUGAGGCGGCGAAGCCGGCUGAGCCCGCCUUAGGAACUAAGUUUAGGAGGAUCGGGGGAGAGUCCAAGGCGGAGAAGAAGCGAUGGGUGGAGCAGGAUGAGAAUGGGCGGCGCAAGGAGAUUCUACAGAUCACAGACGCGGAGGGCAGGACAAAGAGGAAGGUGAGAUGGCUAGACAAGCCUGGUGAGGUUGGUGGUGGCGAUGGGCCUGCUGGAUUAUUGAUGCCGGACAAGGAUGCGAAGCCGCUGGGCAUGGAAAUUCCAGCAGAGGUUGCAUCCAAGGCUUCUGCGCCGGCGGAGCACGACGACGACGAUGAUAUUUUUGCUGGCGUCGGAGAUGACUAUAACCCGCUUGGUGAUCUACCGGAUGAUGACGAUUCGUCAGAUGAGAGUGAGGAUGGCGAGAAGCCACCAAGGGCCACGGAACCAGCUCCUGCUGCCGGUGAUCCGAAGAAACCGGAGGCGACAACAAGCCGGCCUCGAAAUUACUUUUCUACGUCUACAACGGAUGAGGUUCCUGAGAUAGACCGGUCGAACCCGUUAGCGAAGGAUCCUACGCUACUAGCGGCCCUGAAACGGGCUGCUGCGUUACGACAAUCCGAGGAGGCUGGUGCUACUAAUGCUGAUGCUGGAGAUGUCGACGACGAGACGGCGCUUCGACGAAGGAAGUUUCUGGAGGAGGCGCGUCGGCGGGAAGCUUUGGAUGCGAUGGAUAUGGAUAUGGGCUUUGGGGGGAGCCGCAACGAUGACGACGAGGAGGACGAGGAGGUGGUGCUGGAGACCGAGGGACGCGGCGGGAAGAAGAGGAAACGAGGGCCGAAGAAGAAGAAGGGCGACAAGGACAGUGUGACGGAUGUGAUGCGCGUGCUAGAAGGGAGGAAAAAGGAGUGA